AUGAAUAUCACCAAUCCCAGCACUCCAACUUCCCUAGUACAAAACGUACUCCCUCCAUUUAAUGCAUACACCAUGAUUGGGCCAGUGGUGCUGGGUGCGCUCGUCAAUGCCUGCCUCUUCGGCGGUCUCGUCAUUCAGACUUAUGUCUAUUACACAAAUUUCCCCAACGAUUAUCGAGUGGUGAAGCUCACGGUAGCAGCCAUCCUCGCAUCACAGAUUGCACAUGUGAUCUGUGUAUCAGCGACGCUGUGGAAAGUUGCUGUCAGUGGCUACGGCAACCCUCUCACGCUGUUGAUCUUCCCGCUUGGAGCAGACGCGGCUAUCCUCUUCACUGCGAUUACAGGGGCACUAGUAGAAUCAUCCUUUGCGUUUCGGCUGUGGAAGCUUUCGAAAUCACUUGCUCCGCCCCUUAUCUCGCUGGCACUGUGUUUAUUGGCUCAAUCUAUCGCGCUCACGAUGACAGUGAAAGCUUUCGCCAUGACGGACCUUCUGACAUUCGAGACUGAUGAAAACAGACUGAUUACGCUUUCACUCACCUCUCGUUUGGUUUGUGAGUUGACACUUACCCUGUCCAUGGUGUGGUACCUGAGGAAGCAACGGUCGUCGACAUUUGCGAGUACAACGACCAUAAUUGACCGUUUGGUUCUGUGGACUCUCGAAACUGGCCUUAUAACUAGCCUGGUCGUGGUCUUUAUCAUGAGCUUCUUCCUAGCAAUGAAGCAGAAUUACAUAUGGGUUGGAUUAUAUGCAAACCUUGCAACUGUGAAUGCGAACUCGUUACUUGCAUCACUAAACGGCAGAUUAAUCCUCCGCGUACCGAACCAAAGCUUGAACAUGAAUCCUCCGAGUAGUUCAGCUGGUGGGCGUAGCCGUGAAACCCAGUCUCUUGUGAUCAACGUCACGCGAACAGUCGGAACUGUUCCAGAUGCUUUCAAGUACGACGAGGGUGAAGUUUAG